AUGUUGCCUCCCUUUGAUUAUUUCCAGUACAUAAAGAUCCGCAACACAAAACGUCGUGAACGUGAAGCGCGAUUUUCUUCACUCAGCCCCGACUAUUACACGCCAUUUUCUGGAGCCGAUCAAAUUAUUAUUAAUAAACCCAUCGAGGAGCUCGUUGGCGAUGUCCAGAACGGAACGGUCUCGCCUAUCGAUGUGAUUCACACCUAUGGCAAGGUCGCUGUCAGAGCUCAGGAAAAGACCAAUUGCAUUACUGAGCUUCUUUUGCCCGAAGCCGAACAAUGGGUGACCUCUGAAGUUAAUCUCAAAGGUCCACUGGCGGGUAUUCCAGUAUCUUUGAAAGAUUCUAUUCAGGUCAAGGGAUUCGAUACCUCGGUUGGAUAUGCUUGUAAGGCACUCAAUCCCUGCAAAGAAGAUGGGGUUAUUGUGAAGCUCUUGAAGGAUGCGGGAGCUGUCCCCUAUGCCAAGACUACGCUGCCAAUGACUCUCCUCAGCUUCGAGUCAGCAAACGGACUCUGGGGAACUUGCCGAAACCCACAUGCUCCAGAAUACUCGCCAGGUGGUUCAACAGGCGGAGAGGGCGCCUUGCUUGCCCUCGGUGGACGCAUCGGUAUCGGCUCAGACGUUGCAGGCAGUGUUCGCGCACCCGCGGCAUGGAGUGGAAUCUACUCACUACGUUGCAGUACCGGCCGUUGGCCAAAAACUGGUGUUGACACCAGCAUGCCUGGUCAAGAAGGAGUUCCUAGUGUUUUCAGUCCUAUGGCGCGUACAUUGAAUGACCUGACCUACUUUACGAAGAGCAUUAUUGGCAUGCAGCCAUGGAAAUAUGACUUUACAGUCCAUCCUAUUCCUUGGAGAGACGGCGAAAACAAAGAAGCUAGUAGCAAGAAGCUACGUAUAGGUGUAUUGAAGUCAGACGGUGUCAUUCCACCAACACCCGCUAUCGCACGCGCUAUUGACACGACCGUCGACGCACUCACCGCUGCCGGACAUACAGUGGUGGAAGUUACACCCCCCGAAACCGCCGAUCCUUUCACUGGCUUCAACCUGGCUUCUCAACUCCUCAACUCUGAUGGCUGCGUGACGUUCAACUCUUUCCGAUAUUCGUUCGAGCCUACCGACCCCGGCGCUGCCCAACUAAGCAGAAUCGCAUACCUUCCCCGUGCCAUCCGGUACGUCUACUAUCUUUACGUCCGAUACAUCAAACGCGACGUGAAGUGGGCAACUGUGAUUCAAGGAUUUGGACCUAAGAGUGCAGCGGAACUGUGGCAGAUCACUGCCAAACGCGAGGUGUUCCGUAGGACAUGGCACUCAUGGUGGGAUUCUGAGCCCCAGCAAUACGACUUCAUCCUAUGUCCCGGUAACGCCACUCCUGCUCUUCCCCACGGAGCUAUGCACGAUGCUGUUUCUUCAUGCGGAUAUACGUUUUUGUGGAACCUGCUAGAUUAUUGCGCUGGCAUUGUCCCUGUCAGUCAUGUCGAUCCAAAGCUGGAUGCAUUGCCGUACAGUGGGAAACAAGGAUACAAAACUGCACUGGAAGAGUUGGGUCAGAAUCAUGCCAUGGCUCGUGGCGCUUGGAUGCACUAUGAUGCUCAGAAGAUGGCCGGACUUCCCACUGCGAUACAAGUGGUGGGCCGUCGAUGGGAAGAGGAGAAGGUCCUGGGGUACAUGGCUGCAGUUGAGGCUGCCCUUGAAAAGGCGGGCAGUAAAUAUACCAUGCUAGAUGUGGACUAA